AGGUAUCUGGCGAGUGAACAAUCUCUCCUCUUAUAGACGAUCUUUGUGGCUGGACGUCUUGACGUGUCGUCAGUGAGGGAAGUUUCCGAGCUUGAAAUCCAGUUCUGUUUGAAAAGACGCUACAUUGUAUCAAAUGUUUGAUUUGUCAUAGAAAUCAUGUACCUGCUGCAGCGUGUCUGCGGACCAUCAUGCCCUGGAGAAGCCACAUCUCCGGCCUCGUGUUCAGCGUCGCUUUCGUUGUAUCAUAUUUCACGAAUAAGUUUGUCCUGUCAGUGUUGAAAUUCACCUAUCCAACUUUAUUUCAAGGAUGGCAGACAUUUAUUGGAGCCGCCCUGCUUCUGCUGUCUGGAAAGCUGGGAUGGGUGGAGAUGAAUCUCUUCCCCGGGUACUCCUCUAUCUGCUGCUCUCUCCUGGCUUCCGGGCUCAGUCCUGUUUGUGGGAAAUAUAUACGCUGGUUCCAGGGCCUUAUCACGCAUAGACAUUCCCUUUUUCUUCACUCUGCAGAACUCCUCUCAUGUAGUCAGCUGCAUGAUCGUCUGCGCCUUUCACAGAGAGAAGAAACGGUGGCUCAAAGUCAUCAGCAUUUGUCUCCUGCUGCUGUCAGCCGUCAACCUUCCCCGUUUGACCACAGUGGUUACCUCUGGGCUCUGUGCCACCUCUCCUGUGUUGGUGCAUACAGGGUGUUUCAAGUUCACCACAAGUCCACUAAUCUGAGUUACAUUGAGCAGCAAUGCAUCAACUACUUGUUCAGUGUGCCGCUGCUGGGUCUUGCUUCUCAUCCAACAGGGGACAUCACAGGUGCCUUGGAGUUCCCUUCUCUUCAGUCCCACACCUUUCACUGUGGCUGCUGCGCCAGUGCUUUGCUGGGUUUUCUGUUACUGUUGGCCACAGCCAGAUUAAAACGGGGGCUGACCCUCGAGUACUUUAGGGUUUGGGUUUUUCUGUCAAAGGUCACAGCAGUGGUCCUCUCUCCUUUGGUUUUCUACAUGGACUUUAACUCCGAGUCCCUGCUUUGCGUGAUUGUCAGCCAUGUUGGAGAAGCACUGCUGUUGUAUUCGGACAGAGAAUCUCCACCAUGAAGACACAGCCUGCACUUCUUAAAGAGAUCAUAUUUUUUACUAUUUCACAUUUCCUAAACGGUUUUCUGAUAUUCUGAUUGAAUAAAACUCUGUACAUGUAA